UAAACGUUAUGUACUGGGAAUUUAGGACAGGGAAGCGUCGUGUUUCAUUCAUCAAAAACCUUCCCCCCCUCUUUCACCUCUGCACAAAUUUCUCACCUCUCCAUUUCAACAAAAAACCUCCGCCCUUUCAUCAAUCAAUGGCAGGACGCAAACGAGGAAGAAAGCCCAAAUCAGAUCCCCUUUCACCAGAAGCAGACAUCCCAACAUCAACUUCACCCCACAUUGACGACGACGACGACGUCGUUUUCUCCGUCAGCAAUGUUGAGCUCAUCGACCCACCUCCUUCCACUUCCCGUCCCCGCCGUGGUCGGCCCCGCAAAAUCCUUAAAUUACCCGAAAACUCUAACCCUGAAAAUGGAAAAACCCUAAAAAAAGCAACACGACGCGUGAUUGAUAAACCCAACGGGGUAGGGGUAGCCUCUCUUGAGGGUACUACUGUAAAUAAUGCGGAUGUUGCUAGGGUGGUGCCGGCGAUGGAUGCUGUAGUGAAGGUGUUUUGCGUUCACACAGAACCGAAUUAUUCACUACCGUGGCAGCGGAAGCGACAAUACAGUUCGAGCAGUAGUGGAUUUGUUAUCAAAGGAAGAAGGGUUCUGACAAAUGCACACUCUGUGGAGCAUUACACGCAGGUUAAGUUGAAGAAGAGAGGGUCCGACACCAAGUAUGUUGCCACUGUGCUUGCUAUUGGGACUGAAUGUGAUAUUGCUUUGCUUACCGUGGAUGAUGAUGAGUUCUGGGAGGGAGUCUCAGCUGUAGAAUUUGGGGAUUUGCCAGCGCUUCAAGAUGCUGUGACAGUAGUAGGUUAUCCAAUUGGGGGUGACACAAUCUCCGUGACCAGUGGUGUUGUUUCACGCAUAGAGAUAUUAUCUUAUGUUCAUGGGUCUACUGAACUUUUGGGCCUCCAGAUUGAUGCAGCUAUAAAUUCUGGAAAUUCUGGUGGGCCUGCUUUUAAUGAUAAAGGAAAUUGUGUAGGUAUCGCAUUUCAGUCUCUUAAACAUGAAGAUGUGGAGAACAUUGGUUAUGUCAUCCCAACACCUGUAAUCAUGCACUUCAUUCAAGACUAUGAGAAGAAUGGAGCAUAUACUGGGUUUCCCAUUCUGGGAAUUGAGUGGCAGAAGAUGGAAAAUCCAGAUCUUCGGUUAUCAAUGGGAAUGAAACCUGACCAGAAAGGUGUCCGUAUAAGAAGAAUUGACCCUACUGCACCAGAGUCUAUGUUGUUGAUGCCAUCCGAUGUACUCCUAAGCUUUGACGAGGUUGACAUUGCCAAUGAUGGAACAGUUCCAUUUCGGCAUGGAGAGCGUAUAGGUUUUAGUUAUCUUGUAUCCCAAAAAUAUUCCGGCGACAGUGCUGCAGUUAAAGUUCUUCGUCGUAAUUCUGAGAUAUUGAAUUUCAAGAUCAAACUUGCAACUCAGAUGAGGCUUGUUCCAGCUCACAACAAGGGGAGACCUCCAUCGUAUUAUAUUAUAGCUGGAUUUGUUUUUACCACUGUAUCUGUUCCAUAUCUUCGUUCCGAGUAUGGAAAGGAUUACGAGUAUGAAGCUCCUGUAAAGCUGUUGGACAAACUCUUGCAUGAAUUUCGACAAUCACCCGAUGAACAGAUUGUUGUGGUUUCUCAGGUGCUUGUUGCUGACAUUAACAUCGGAUAUGAGGAAAUAGUUAACACUCAGGUUCUUGCUUUUAAUGGUAAGCCUGUGAAAAAUUUGAAGAGCUUGGCAAGCAUGGUAGAGAACUGCAAUGAUGAGUUUUUAAAGUUGGAUUUGGAAUAUCAGCAGGUGGUAGUCCUUCAGACAAAGACUGCAAAAUCUGCGACAUCAGACAUCCUUACUACACAUUGUAUUCCUUCUGCCAUGUCCGAGGAUCUCAGGAUGUAAAUGAUAUGAUUUCAGCUGGGAUAUAUCAAAAUUCCUCUUGCCAGCAUGACACUCUUUCUAGAGGACUGUCGCACGUUGGCUCAGCUAGUGGAUUCAAGGAUUUUUGGCUUAUGCACCUGUUUGUGCACAGAUUGUGAUCACAUUCUCAGAUGGAGCGGGAAAGAGACGCAUUCCUUUUAAUUGUUAAACCAACUUUGUGUUUCGAGAUGGGCAGAGCUCUCUUUUGGGUGCUCAACCAAUAUUCGUGGCAGAUGAUUUCAAUGUCAGGCUAUAGUAGCUUGGCAUCGAAAUUAUAUGCAAAGAUGCAGGGUGUAUGCUUCCAAUCAAGGGAUGACAGUAAUUUGACUUCCUGAGCUUGUCAUGAUUUCUAUCCUCCUAUUAUAUAUAAGCACACAGAACAUAACAUUAAUUGCGAGUAUCAUUCUUUACAUCAGACUUAUUCACCAGCCAAAAAGAAUAUUAUACCAACUUCACCUCUUGGUUUAACUAUGUAUGAUUCCGCUGACAA